AUGGAGGCCGUCUUCGGCGCUCGACGACGUGAAGCCCGACCCAUCAGCCUGCGUCAGCUGACCUUCUUUGGGAGGACCUUGACCGAGUCGCGUCUGAUUGACUCUGCGAACUACUGCCGACUCGAGCUCCCCACGAGACUUGCCCACCGCCUGCGUGACAUCCAGACCCUGCCCUACGUCGUGGUCGCGAACCCUCACCUUGCCCACGUCUACGAGUCGUACCUGCGAGCUUUUGAGCGCUUCCGAAAAGUGCCCGAGAUUCGGUCGUUGGAGGACAAUGAGAAGUACUGCAAGGUGCUGGAAGAAACCCUGACCGAGCAUGCCACCGUGAUACCGCGCCUGGCCAUCGGCGUGCUGGAAGUGCGCGGCCUGAUGAAGCCCGAGGAGACGGACAAGUUUAUGACGACGAUGCUGAGAUCGCGCAUUUCCCGACGUGUCAUUGCCGAGCAGCAUCUCGCACUCACCGAGACCUUCAACUCGCCCUGGCAUUUUCCACACGCCCAACUGCUGCACGACCAAGAGGCCGUGGGCGAGAUCUUCCUGCGAUGCAACGCCAAAGAGAUUGUCCAAGACUGUGGAAAGACGACGCAGGAUCUGAUCCGACGCGCAUACGGCCCCAAUGUCCAAAUCCCCGAGAUCAAAUUGUAUGGCCACCUAGAUGCCACGUUCCCGUACAUCCUCAGCCACCUCGAGUAUAUCAUCGGCGAGCUAUUGCGGAAUUCAAUACAGGCCGUCAUCGAGCAGCGCACAUCCAAAGAUGCCAAGCCUCCACCAAUCGAGGUGCUCAUCUGCGAAACGAACCAGCACGUAAUCAUCAGGAUAUCCGACCAAGGCGGCGGCAUUCCCAACGAAGUCCUUCCCUAUCUGUGGAGUUUUAGCAAGGGACCGCGUCGCGAGAAGCGGUUGAAGAACCUUGCUAGGGUACCGAAGCUCCUUGGGAAACCAGACGAGCUCAAAGUCCCUGCGCCUGGCUCUGAUCUCUCGUCUCAGUUGCAGCAGAAGCUCGGCACGCGGUCGCUGCAUGGCGAUGCAGGAAUACAUCACGGAUCGCUGUCCUCGUUGACCGGACGCGCGCCGGACCUGCGUCUGGGUAUCGGCUUGCCCAUGUCGCGACUGUACUCGGAGUACUGGGCUGGUUCUCUCGAGAUACACAGCCUAGAGGGGUAUGGCGUUGAUGCUUUCCUCCAGAUAUCGAAGCUCGGCAACAAAAAUGAAAGGCUAACCACGCGCGCGUCCAUGGAUGCAAUCUGA